AUGACCAUCUCGACUAUCGAGAAAGAUGAAUACAUUUGUAAAAAUAGAUACAAUAUAUUUACAGAGCGGUACUUCUGGUUUUGUUCAUCUGCAGUGUUGGCAUUAAAAUUUUUGUUCAUACCUGCUUAUCACAGUACGGAUUUCGAAGUUCAUCGUAAUUGGAUGGCUCUAACCUAUCAGUUACCACUCAGAAAGUGGUACUAUGAAAACACAUCUGAAUGGACUCUAGAUUAUCCUCCAUUUUUUGCAUAUUUUGAGUUUCUUAUCUCUCAGUUUGCUUCUUUUUUCAUCCCAUCGGCUUUGGUCAUUCAACAGAAACCAUUUUUUUCAUAUGAAUUAUUACUGUUCCAACGAAUCACCGUUAUUGUAUCGGAUUUUCUUUAUGUAGGCUCAUUGCAAUCGAAGAAGUCCAGUGCAGGAGCAUGUUGCGUUCUAUUGAUAACAAAUUCAACGCUUAUUAUGGUUGAUAAUAUACAUUUCCAGUAUAAUGGCAUUUUAACUGCAUUUUUUAUCUUUUCAUUUAAUUUUGCCUUGAAUGGUAGUUUUCUUAUGGCAGCAGCUGUUUAUUGUUUUCUUCUUAAUAUGAAGCAUAUUUAUUUGUAUUACUCAUUGGCAUACGGCAUAUUUUGUUUUACGCACUAUUUGCUCGAUUUCAAUCGUUUCAUCCGACGAUGUUUAUGCUUAUUUUUUGCGAUAAUAAUACCAUUUCUCUUAUCAUUUGUUAUAGCUCGUAUGUUCCCAUUCCAACGUGGCUUGACGCAUGCAUAUUGGGCACCUAAUAUAUGGGCAAUUUAUAAUCUUGUUGAUUUGAUUUUAUAUCGGCUUUUGAAAUAUUUUCAUUUCAUUGCAAAUAUACCACCGCCAAAUUAUACAUUAGGCCUAGUUCAGGAAUUUUCGCAUGCGAUUCUUCCAUCGAUCAGCGCAUCGACUUCCUUAAUUAUUAUUUUGUUGUUAUUUUCACCAUGUCUACUUCUGUUCAUGUCAAAGCGAUCGUAUAAUUUUCCUCUAUUACUUACUCACUCAGCUUUCGCGUUUUUUCUUGCUGGUUAUCAUGUUCAUGAAAAAGCUAUUAUUUUAAUUAUUAUUCCUUAUACGAUUCUCGCUUUUUUAGUAGGUAUUUGGAUGUAUUUUACAAAAUUUGAAUUAUAA